AUGGCGUUGAAUGCGAAGGCUCGGGAGCUGCUGCGCGAGCUGCAGCGCAGCGAUUGGUUGCCGCCGUAUAAUGAAGAUCUUGUGCGGCAAGUGGUGGAGGAGUCGGGUGUGCUGGAGGAGGAGAUCGCCCGGAAGAUGGCAACAUUUGAUGACAACUUGACCGAGAACACGUUUGUGGCGUGUGGCCUCGUCGUGAACCACCAGUGCCUGCUGCGCAACAAGCGCUGUCUUAUCGCCUACGUACAUCACCGCAUGGAGAAGAUUAAGGCGCUGCGAUGGGAAACGGGCACCAUUAUUCCUGCCCAACUAGCCCAGAACUUGUGCCAACGCGAGGUUCAGUUUUUCAAUCAGUAUGAUCAGCUACUCACGGACUACAUGGCCGAAUUCGAGCUCGACCUCUCAGCGGAUAUGAAGCCGCCCAAGGACUUGUACGUGGAGGUGCGGGUGCUGCGGGACUGCGGCGAGGUCAUGACCGAAAGCGGACUAGUGAAUCUGGAGGCUCACUCACAGCACUUCCUGCGCCGCGUGGACGUAGAGCAGCUCAUCCGCCAGGGACUACUGGAACAGAUCAAGCGUUGA